ACAUCAAAAAAUGUUCAGUAUCCUUUCAGGUCGUUGUUAAAAUUGAUGUGUUAAUAAUGGCAUACCAGCUCUUCCCAAGUUUAGCACUUCAUAGCAAUAUUUUGGAAAUGCUAGCAUCCCCAUCAAAUAAUACAAAUAACAAUGGUUCAUAUUCAAAUGAUAGAGGUUCCAGUUUUGACGCUGAAUAUGCAGUUGAUCCUGCAUCUGGAGGCUUUUUUCAUUCGGAUUUCAAAAAACAUGAUGAUCUCAAAGAAAUGUUGGACUCGAAUAAAGAUAGUCUGAAACUGGAAGCUAUGAAAAGAAUAAUUGGGAUGGUUGCCAAAGGUCGUGAUGCAUCAGUUUUAUUUCCAGCUGUGGUGAAAAAUGUGGUUUCAAAAAACAUUGAAGUGAAGAAACUAGUUUAUGUUUAUCUAGAACGUUAUGCUGAGGAGCAACAAGAUCUAGCUUUGUUAUCAAUUUCAACUUUUCAAAGAGCACUGAAGGAACCCAACCAACUUAUAAGAGCAGGUGCCCUAAGGGUCCUAUCUAGUAUAAGAGUCAAAAUGAUUUCACCAAUUGUGAUGCUGGCCAUAAAAGAUGCUGCUUCUGAUAUGUCCCCAUAUGUCAGAAAAACAGCAGCUCAUGCUAUACCCAAAUUGAACAGUUUGGACCAAGAGUUGAAAUCAGAACUGGUGACUGUCAUUCAAAAACUUCUAGCUGACAAAACAGUGCUUGUUAUAGGAUCAGCAGUCAUGGCAUUCACAGAAGUUUGUCCAGAUAGAGUUGAGUUGAUUCAUCUGGUAUUCAGAAAACUGUGUGCCUUGUUAGUAGAUGUUGAUGAAUGGGGUCAAGUUACUAUUGUUCAGAUGUUAACACGUUAUGCCAGGAGCCAGUUUGUAGAUCCAAAUCUGCAUGCUCAGAUGAAUGAUUCAAAUGGUGAAUUCUAUGAUUCUGGUUCAGAAGCAUCAGAGAAGCACAUACCCAGCCUUGAUCCUGAUCAUAGAUUGCUUUUGAGAUCCACAAGGCCAUUGCUUCAAUCAAGAAAUGCAGCAGUAGUAAUGGCAGUAGCUCAAUUGUACCACCAUGCCUCUCCUAAAAGUGAAAGUAUGAUUGCUGCAAAGUCUUUAGUUCGAUUUUUGAGAUCUCAUGUAGAAGUGCAGAGUGUUAUUCUUAAUGCAAUAUCUUCCAUAAGUGUGAAAAACAAAGGGAUGUUUGAACCUUACCUCAAAAGUUUCUUUGUUAGGACUUCUGAUCCAACUAAUAUAAAGUUAUUGAAGUUGGAGAUAUUAACUAAUCUGACUACUGAUGCUAAUGUGUCUGUAAUAUUAAGAGAACUACAGACUUAUAUUUCUAACAGUGAUAAACAUUUUGUGGCUGCCACCAUUCAAGCUAUAGGACGAUGUGCCUGUUCCAUUUCUGAAGUAACAGACUCCUGCCUAAGUGGUCUAGUUUCACUGUUAUCUAAUAGAGAUGAGGCUGUGGUUGCAGAGAGUGUAGUUGUUAUCAAAAGACUAUUACAGACUCAGGCUGCUGAUCCCCAAGAAAUAAUAACUCAUAUGGCAAGGCUACUUGACAGUAUAACUGUGGCACAAGCUAGAGCUGCUAUUCUGUGGCUUCUAGGAGAACAUUCACAAAAAGUUCCUCAAGUAGCACCAGAUGUUCUUCGAAAAAUGGCCAAAACUUUUCCAGAUGAGCAUGAUAUAGUGAAACUGCAGGUCAUGAACCUUGCAAUCAAGUUGUACAUAACCAAUCCUGAACAAACUUCUUUGCUCUGUCAGUAUAUCUGUAAUUUGGCAAAAUAUGAUCAGAACUAUGAUAUAAGAGACAAAGCAAGACUGUUCAAACAAUUUGUACCUGCACAGGAAGGAAAAAUCAGAUCUCAAGCAAAGAGAAUAUUUUUAGCCUCUAAGCCAGCUCCAAUGCUUAAAAUUCAACUUACAGAUAAUGAAGAAUUGCAGUUGGGAUCUUUAUCACAUUAUAUUAAACAAAGAAGUAAUGGUUAUGAAGAUUUGCCAUCAUUUCCAGAACAAGCACCUCCUGGUGAUGUUAGAAAUGUGGAGCCAAUUGUUACAGAUGACAGCUCAAGAUCAUACAAGAACUCUGUGAAGAAAAAAAAAGAUUCUUUCUCAUGGGGAUCAGAGAACAGUCCCAAUAGUAGCAGUGCUGCUGAAUCCAGUACUUCUUCUAGUGAAGGUAGUAGUGAAUCAGAGGAAGAAGAGUCCAGUGAUGAGUCUGAAGAGGAAGAAACUGAAGAUAAAUCCAGUGCAGAAGAGGCAUCUGAAUCUGAAGAGAGUGAAGGCUACUCUUCUGAUGAAGAAGCAGAAUCCAUCCCAAUAAAAAACAGCAUCAAGCCCCAACCAAAACCUCUGGCAAACACCAAAGCCACAAAUUCAAGUGAUUCUCCAGCAACCAUUGAUAGCAAAAAAUCUAACUUGGACCUCCUGCUAGAUCUUGACGAAAUAGGCACUGCUGUUCCUGUAAUGACACCUUCCCUAGGGGGUUUUUUCACUCCUGUUACCCCUGUAGAUUUGCCUUCCACCAUAGAAGCCGUCCAACCGAGUUUUGUGAAUACUAAGCCUGUGGAGCUGCUGAAUCGCAUGAGUGGUAGAGGACUUUCUGCCACAUACAGGUUCACAAGGAGCCCCCAUUUGUAUUCACCCAGUAUGACGAAUAUUAAUGUCAUGUUUACAAACAACUCCAGUGAAGAUGUAACUGACAUCAGGAUCGGAAAAAAGAAUCUUGCAGUGGGCAUGAGUCUUCAUGAUUUUGCAUCCAUUUCAAAACUAUCUCCAAACUGUUCUCUGCCAGCUACUUUGGGUAUUGAUUUCAAUGAUACCACCCAACCUGCUAACUUCGAAAUUGUGUCUUCCCUUGGGAAUUUCAAUGUUUGUGUUAAACCACAAGUUGGAGAGCUCAUCAGACCAGUGAAGAUGGUGAGAAGUCUCUUCAUUGAAAACCAAUCAAAGCUUUGUGGAAUGAGAGAACAUUCUGGUCCAUUAUCUAAAAACAUUGAUGAUAUAGUCGGGAGGAUUAAGGAAAUUACAAAUCUAGGACCGUUGGACGACUCUGAACCUAAUUAUUUCAGAUUUGCUGGUCAAACCGUGACAUCUUCCAGUUUGGUACUCGUCACUAUUCAUAAGAGUGAUAACAUGACUUUGACAGUUAACUGUGAAAAUAUCGUUUUUGGUUCAGUUAUGCUCAAUGAGUUGCUAUCAAAUUUGAAUCUUUGAAGAUAUGGUUGAUGUUAUUGUCCUUUUGUGUAUGUUGAUUUCCAUUGUUUGAUUUUGGAAAUUUAAUAGUUCCAUAAAGGUGAUUUGUGACUUACUUGUUCAAUAGUUUCACUUGUUUCAUAUGAUAUUUAUAUAAUUUCCAAUUAUUAUUCUUAAUUCAAAGAAAUUAUAAUUUUAUUAGUUAUUGAAGUAUUUAUCUUUCACUGAUAUUGAUCUUUCCAAGUGUUCAUUUUGUUUGCUAUAAAAAAUGAGCUGAAGCAG